AUCGAGAUAAGGAAGAAAUUAAUGGAAAUGAAGAUUGCAACAAGCAUUGGCAUAACUUCAGGCAAAGCGUAUUCAGGAUUCGUCGGGAGCUCAUCUCGCAGGGAAAUGUGCGCCAUGGGGAGCAUGGUUAACAUGGCAGCGCGCCUGAUGUGCAAAGCUGUCGAACAUGAAAUCUUUGUUGAUUUGGAAACA